CUUUCCACAGACGGCGACUGAUAUUUGAAGAAGUGUUUUUGUUUCUCUAAGAAAAAUACGAUGCAAUUUUCCCAAGCUUCACUCUUGUUCUUAAAUAUAUGUAUUUUUAUUUGUGGAGAAGCUAUACAAGGUAACUGUGUACAUCAUUCUACGGACUCUUCAUCUGCCAACAUUGUAGAAGAUGCAUCUAAUGCAAAAGAUGAAAGCAAAAGUAAUGAUACUCUUUAUCAGGAAAACUGUGAGGAAUCAUACGAUGUUAAGCCUAAAAUUACACGAGAAGAAAAACAUUUCAUGUGUAGAAAUUUGCAAAAUUCUGUUGUUUCCUAUACACGAAGUACCAAAAAACUACUAAGAAAUAUGAUGGAUGAGCAACAAACUUCCUUGGAUUAUUUAUCUAAUCAGGUUAAUGAGCUCAUGAAUCGAGUUCUUCUUUUGACUACAGAAGUUUUCAGAAAACACCUGGAUCCUUUUCCUCACAGACCAGUUCAGUCACAUGGUUUGGAUUGCACUGAUAUUAAAGAUACCAUUGGCUCUGUCACCAAAACACCAAGUGGCUUAUACAUAAUCCACCCAGAAGGAGCUAGUUACCCAUUUGAGGUAAUGUGUGACAUGGAUUACAGAGGAGGUGGAUGGACUGUGAUACAAAAAAGGAUUGAUGGAGUAAUUGAUUUCCAAAGGUUGUGGUGUGACUAUCUGGAUGGAUUUGGUGACCUUUUAGGAGAAUUUUGGCUAGGACUGAAAAAGAUAUUUUAUAUUGUGAAUCAGAAGAAUACCAGUUUUAUGCUGUAUGUGGCUUUGAAAUCUGAAGAUGACACAUUAGCAUAUGCCUCCUAUGAUAAUUUUUGGCUAGAGGACGAAACAAGAUUUUUUAAAAUGCACUUAGGACGGUAUUCGGGAAAUGCUGGUGAUGCAUUCCGGGGCCUCAGAAAGGAAGAUAAUCAAAAUGCAAUGCCUUUCAGCACAUCAGAUGUUGAUAAUGAUGGGUGUCAGCCUACAUGCCUGGUCCACGGUCAGCCUGUAAAGAGCUGCAGUCACUUCAGUAACAACACCGGUUGGUGGUUCAACCAGUGUGGCCUAGCAAAUUUGAAUGGCAUUCAUCACUUCCCCAGAAAAUUACCUGAAACUGGAAUUCAGUGGGGUACAUGGAUCAAAAACAACUCACCUGUCAAGAUUAAAUCUGUUUCCAUGAAAGUUAGAAGAAUUUACAAUCCAUAUUUUAAGUAAUCUCAUUUUAAACUGUAAUGCAAGUUCAAUAGUUAUUUUUGAUAAUGUAUAUAAGAUUCUACAUAGUUUCUCUUUUUAUUUAGUGUUUCAAAUAUAUUAGCCAAUAUUUAACGACAGGUAGCAUCCAGGUGUUCUGAGUUUAAUUCAAAUCUUUUAAUUUUAUAGAGUUUUGUAAAACAAAACAUAACUCAGUGUAUGUUUUUUACUACUAACCAUAUUAACAAUGUGUAAUGAAGUUUGUUCUGAGUGAAUUACAACUUGUCUUCUUGAGGUCUUCAGUGCUUUCAAAGACUUCCCCUUUCUUUGAAGCAUAUACACCAUAGUAAAUUGUUAGGAAGACUGAAGAGAGUCUUACACUGCUAAUUCUAAGUGGUUAACUAUAUAAUCUGAAAAUAAUUUCUAUUGAAGACAAUUACAUGGAAUAACUUUUGUGCAGAUUAAUAUAUAAACCCCACACGGUUUAAAAACCUUACUAUUUCCAGGUGAUACCACAAUAAUAAGAAUUUACUGCCAAAAUAAAGUCCUCCUUAUUUUUACAUCUUAUCAUGGUUAAUCAUUUUGUUCUUAUUUGUAAUAAAUUUACUGUAUAUUUAUAUC